GAAUUAUUUUAUUAGAGAUAUAUAUUAUUCUUGAACACAUUUGUAACCUAUUGUAGUCCAGUGGGUUAGGAUGCUCGGCUCUUGUUCGAGAGACCCUGGGCGGGAAAUAACACAGAGCUUUUGGCGGCCAUAUCAACGAUCAAGAACUUGUAGUGGACUCACUGCAAAAUAUCAAAACCUAGGGUUUCAAAAAACCCAAAAUGGAAGACUCUAGCACUGAUAGAAGAAGCAGGAUGGCCAGAGGAGGCAUUGAAGAGAACAUUUUAGCUAUCCUCGAUGCCACCGAUUCCAAAGAUGAUCAGGACACCAACGACGACAGAAUUGCUUUUCUCGAUGCUGUUCGAGCUGCUUCUAUUGAUCAGGAUAAUGCUACUCCUCCAACCAACAAAAUGUAUGAGGCAGUUUUCCAAAUCCUAAGGGUUGGGAAAUCUGUGGAAUUGAUCAUGGAGAGUUAUCGGCUUCUAAAUGAGCUUGAUAAGAGUUUUCCACGAGUUUAUUUAGCAAACAAAGGAGCAGAGUCGUCUGAGUUUGUGGCGAUUGAGGAGGCGUGGUCACCGUUUGUUUUUAAUUUGGAUAUUACUUCUGGUGAAAAAGAAACUGCUGGAAAAAGCUCGGGACCUUUUGACUCAUCGGCUUUCCAUUUGUUAGUACAAGAUCUUGUUGAAGUUACCAAUGAAACAAGCUUUCAAACUUCAAAAAUAAAGUCUCUGGGAAAAAUGUUGUUAUUUCAGUAUCUGAUCGAUGUUCUUGAAGGAGAUUUUUUAUCGCGUAAUAAAGCUUACAAAGAAACAAUGAACUGGGUGCUUCUAAGAGAGUCCUUACUCAGCAUGCUUCUGACUUCAAGAAGAAUAAACUACAAAGUUUUAAUGAAGGACUGCUUAUCUAUCAUGUGUCGACUAUGUCAAUAUUUGGCUGAACUCAAUAAUGAUCUCGGAUCUUCUGAUAGUUCUGUGGAAAAACCAUCUCAAAAUGGUAAUCCUGCUGUAGCAAUUGCUUUAACUGAAGUGGGAAGUAGUACUUCUAUUGCUUUGCAGAAACUUCUGAAAAUUAUUCUGGAGCUUGAUGUAUCAAGGAAGCAAGCAGAUGUGCAAGGUUGUACCACUAGGGCUGAUGGUGUGAGAACCCCUCUUGUAGAGAUAAUUUUGGACGAGCUUACUUAUGAUAGAGAUAUGCUUUACCAAUUUCUUCAGAUAUUUAAUGAACCUAAAUGGAAGCUGGAAAUAAUUUUGCAGUACUUCUCAAAAUAUAUUGCUAAGCCUUCUGUCCGCACCCGGAGGUCUAAUAGUCCGAUAGAGGAUGAUGGGACGUUCAUUGGAGUUCUAAAGGGCUUUUCAAAUGUCACUACCACAAAGAAUAUUACUAAAAGGAUUGGUCAAGAUAUAGUUCAAAUGCUUCUGGCACAUGCUUUUCAGGCUCAUUUGUCAUUACCUUCAGCCGAAAAAGAUGCUGAUGGAAUCUUUGAUUCUGAGGACAAAUUUAGUAGCAAGUCCCUAGUGGAAAUAUGCGAGAAUGUAAUAUCUGCAUUCAGUAGUUUGAAAAGAACAGAUGAAAGGAUGGAGAUUUUGCCUUUCGGAAAAGAAGCACUAUUUACAGCAGCAACUAUCCUCUCAAUAAAUUCAUAGGAGCUCAAGCCUGAUCCGCGGUGUAUGUUUUUGUAUCCAAGGCGCUUGUAAAUAAGUUCUACAUAUUAUAAUUGUUGGAGUAGCUGCUCUUUUCACGAUUGUUCUUGAACAUAGUAUUCUCUUCCUUGAGCCUUGACUGAUGAAAGUGAAACGUUUUUGUCCAGUGCUGCUUUUUAAUUCCUCAUGCUCCGCUAGGCAAAUAAAUAGUACUGCAAUCAAUUUGAGGCAUUUAGGUAGUGUAGGUACAUAAAUUAAUUUUUCGUCUUUGAAUCUGCAUUUCGUUAUAUGUAGUUUGCGCAUAAAAGUUGAAAAUUGUCGUUAAAACCUACUAUUUUUCUUAAAUGCAAGAUGCAUCAUGAAGCAAAUAAAUUUA